AUGUCGUUAGCGCGUACGCGCUGCAAGUUGGCUUGGAUGAGGAGAUUAAAAGGCGCUUUUUGGGAGGGGUUGGAUGACAUCGUUCGUAGCAUUCCACCUUCUGAGAGGUUAUUCAUAGGAGGAGAUUUCGAUGGUCAUAUUGGGUCGUCCGCAAGUGGUUAUACUGAGGUGCAUGGCGGCUUUGGUUUGGGGGAACGAAACGGAGGGGGCACUUCGCUGCUGGACUUUGCCAAGGCAUUCGAUCUAGUAAUUGCAAACUCAAGUUUUCCGAACCGGGAGAAGCAUUUGGUUACUUACCAAAGUAAAGUGGAAGCGAAGAAGGCGGCUUACCUGCGACUAGUAGGGAGCACUGGCGAGAAGGAGAAGACAACGAACAGAGAGAGAUAUAUGGUUGCUAGGAAGGAGGCAAAGAUGGCAGUAACGGAGGCUAAGGCAGUAGCUUUUGCUCAUCUAUAUGAGGAACUAGGGAACAAAGGCGGGGAGAAGAA